CGGCCCCGCCCGCUCUCCCGCCGCCGCCGCUGCGCUCCGGGCCCGGCGCCCUUCUCCCUCCGCUGCCCCCGUGCCCUGGCUCCGCUCUAGCCUGGAGCGGGCGCCGCGAUGGCUCCGGCCGCCGACCGGGAGGGUUACUGGGGUCCGCCGACCUCCACCCUGGAGUGGUGCGAGGAGAACUACGCCGUCUCCUACUACAUCGCCGAGUUCUGGAACACAGUGAGUAACCUGAUUUUCAUUCUACCUCCAAUCUAUGGUGCGAUUCAGACCUAUAAAGAUGGCCUUGAAAAACGGUAUUUAGCUGCAUAUUUGUGUCUUACAGCUGUGGGAUUGGGAUCUUGGUGCUUCCACAUGACCCUGAAGUAUGAAAUGCAGCUGUUGGAUGAACUGCCAAUGAUAUACAGUUGUUGUGUGUUUGUCUACUGCCUGUAUGAAUGUUUCAAGUACAAGAAUACAGUCAAUUAUGCACUGCUUUUCUUGUUAAUAACAUACAGCGUCGUAGUCAGCAUAGUUUAUCUAGAUUUGAAAGAGCCUGUAUUCCAUCAGAUCAUGUAUGGAACACUAGUUUCCAUCAUAGUUCUAAGAUCUGUUUAUAUAGUAUUAUGGGUAUACCCAUGGCUUAGAGGUUUAGGAUAUACAUCUUUAACUGUAUUUUUAAUGGGAUUUUUUCUCUGGAAUGUGGACAACAUUUUCUGUGAUAAAUUGAGAGCAUUACGAGAGAAGAUGCCUCCUGUGGUGGGAGCUGUGACACAGUUUCAUGCAUGGUGGCAUAUUCUCACAGGCCUGGGUUCUUACCUUCAUAUCCUGCUAAGUUUAUACACAAGGACACUUUUCCUGAAACACAGGCCAAAGGUGAAGUUUGUUUUUGGAAUAUGGCCUGUUCUUCUCGUGGAGCCACCCAAGAACCUUUGACUGAGCCCUGGGCAGCCACACACGAUCACCUGGCCUGGCUGAAUAAAGCAUUUCAACAGUUACUCUGGCUGAAGUGUCAAAAUUAUGGAUCAAUCCAAGUACCAUUGCUAUUAAAGGACUCCUCUGUGCUACGAGGCCAGUCGGCCGGAACAGAGCAAAGAACUGGCACACUAGAGAAAUAGCACUUAGUACAGCUUUAUUCUAAGUUGUUAAAACAAAGAUUAAGACACAAGGGUUUUAUGUAUAUAUUGUACAGCUGAUGAUAUUGAGGUAAUAUUUCGUGCUGGUCACAGAAAACUAACCAUUUUUGAAGUGGAUUGCAUACAUUUUUUCAUUCAGUUUUUGUUCUUUCUGUGGUCUAAACUAAUAUAUUAGUAACUGAAUGACAAAACCAGGCCAUUGAUGGCCAAGCUAAGCAUCUGUGAGGCCUAUAGUGAACUGAAUGCUUAACCCAAACUACUUUAACCUUGCACUUUUAUACAAUUAAUGAAGUAUGUAAUGGUUGAUUUAGGCCUUUAUUCUACCUUGCUUUUCCACAGCCUCCUUUGCAAUUUACAUUUUAAGCAAAAGGAUUGGGAUACCUGUGCCAUUUAGUUCAUUUUUUUACCAAGCUUCCAUUUUUUCUUUAGUCCAACUGAGAGGUUCAUUGUGGAGGAUUUCCAAAGUGUGACCAGCAAAAGACACUGAAAUGGUGAAGCUUUAUAGGUAUUCCUGUUUGUGUCUGGGAGCUCAAUUCCUAAUUUUUUUUGACUAGUGAUUCAUUGCAAAACUGUGGAGUGACUGUAGAAACAUAAGAAACACUCUUUUUUAUUUUUUUUGACUAGUGAUUCAUUGCAAAACUGUGGAGUGACUGUAGAAACAUAAGAAACACUCUUUUUUAUUUUUUUGUAAUUGUUAUAUACAUACCUAACUUUUCUAUCCCAUUCUUUAACUUCCCAUUUCCCAUUCAUACUACAGAUUGACAAACACCUUAGAUGUGCUCUAGUUCAGCCUUGAAUUCAUCUUCUUACUUUACAAGUCUUAAAUAUUGGUGUGACUUUGAGAAGCAUCUUCUUAUUCAGAAACUUUGAAGGAGGAGUGAAGAACAAGACUGAGGCUGAGGAUAUCCCCAAAUACAAGGAGCAGUGCGUUGCUUGCUUUUUAUCUAUUGAGCUUAGUCUGUGAGAAAGCUGACCACCUUUUGAAACCAGACUUAGGGGAUUAAUGAGGGAGACAAACCCUGGUUUCUGUAAUUUUAAUCUACCCAGCUGAUGAAAGUUAGUAAGUAAAUUUAAAGAAAACAUUAAACUAGCACAGUUUUUCAAAAUAUACCUCAUAUGAAGGCUGUGAUUUUUGAUGCUGUUAAUUUUGGGCCAACAAACAGAGUCUAUCUCUGUGCCUACUUGCUGCCAUUCUAUGCAAUUUUUUUCUGCUUUUGAUGCUCUGAGAGAUUUGUCCUUCUUGCCAUGAAGAAAAAAAGGGAAGCACUCAGACUGAUCCAAAAUCCCAUUUUGUAUUGAUUUACAACGUGCUCACAGCAGCAAAGCAUGGUAAUGUAGCUGUAAAGCUGUCUCCCAGGUCUCAGAGUCCUGACUAUUGAACAAUCAGUGCUGGCUAAAAUGGUCUCCUCCCUUUUCUCUGUUUGCAGUUUCUCUGCAUCUUUCACAUCCAUCAGUAACUCUUCUAGUGAUGUGAACCUCCAAAUUACAAUGUGGCUUCUGUUAUAUGACAGCCCUGGACCCUUGAGAUCAAAUAACCCCAAACUGCAUUGGGAAAAGAUACUUAACCUUGAGUGAGUUCAGUGAGGUUUAAGCAUGUGCUGAUAGCAGUGCAGUUCAACCUGAACACCCUAUAAAGACACCUGAAGGGUAAUUUUAGAACAGCUUUGAUAUCAGUAGGCUCCAGUUCCAUAGACAAAGUCAGCAUCUGUGCUGGGAAAUUUGAGUGCUCUUCAGACUGAAAGAAGUUAGCAGAACUAGCACAGAGGUAGGAAAAAGCUGUAAUGGGUCAGAAGACAUAUUUUAAUUAAAUUUAAUUAUCCAGUAGACAUAUUUUUAUUAAAGAUAUUUGAGACCUGUUUCAAAAAUGUAGCUUGAAAACAAGUGCCUGCCUGUUCACCUCCAGGCUUUCUCAAGCAUUUUUCCGCACGCUGUAUCCCAUUUUCUUAUUUGAUAUGUUUACAUGUGUUCAUGAGUUAGGGAAGAAGUCUCGUAAGAGAAGCAGUGCAGCAGCAAGACAUAUCAACAGUCACUUGUGACAUCUGCUAGGUAUGAUACUAUUUUUAUGGAAAUGGAAAAAAACUAUAUUUUAGUGGCCUUAGUUUUGUUACUGAAGGAUCUGGGGGCUCUGUUUAGUUAAUUAAUUGCAAGAACCAGAGUGUCUUGAAAAGCCUCUUUCUUAUUGAUCAGGCAUCUCUACAAUGGUAUAUUUUAAAGAUAUUUGUUGAUUAUUCUACACAUUUGCAACUAGGAAGUCUAUGAUGGGGGGUUCAGAUCUUGUUGGAUUGAAUUGUCAGGAUUAAAAAAAAAUUGAAAAGCUCAUAUUUUAAUUUUAUAGUGCUGUUAGUUUUUCAUUUAUGAAUUGUUUGUUGUUGAUUUUUUUUCUUAAAAAAUAUAUGCAAUUUGGCUUCUUCCUGCAUUCUAAAUGAGCAAAAAUAUGCACACCUCUACCACCCUGCCAGAAGCCUUUCUUUCAACUGGUUAUAUUAGACCCUGAGGAAUAUAAUUUAUCUGUGGAUCCCUCUUAGCAUAAAUAAUCUAAAAUCAUGGGUGCUUUGGUUUGACUGCCUUACUGAUCUUGUGAGUGAUAUUGAAAAUGACAAGCUAGUUUUGACUACAUGUCAUUGAAAUUCAGACUGCCUUUUCUAGUGCCUGGAAAGACAUACAUUCUUACUCCUGUAACGUGUUAAAUGUCUGUUAAUUGCUUUUUAUUUAUAUCGCUUGUAUGACAAUGUUGAUUUGUUUUCUACAGACCUUAGAGCAGUAUAUCACAAACUUUUCCUGCACUACAUCUUAGCAAGUCAUGUAUGAUCCUAUUUUUUGAGUAGAAUUCAGACAGCAGCUACUUUAAAGAGAAUUAUGGAAGUAGCAGGUGUCAUUUGAUAUGAAUUCUGCAGAAUGUCUUGGACAGACUUGAUAACAAUGAAUCUUCUGUUCCUUAACAUCUAUGAAGAACCAGGAAAUCUGCUACAUAGGACCAUCAAUUUGACACAGAUGAGCAGUAAGUAGCUCUGCAGUCCAUGAGCUGAAAAAUUCUUUCUUGGAAAUAAGAGGAAAAACUUCAAAAUUAUUCUCACAGUACAGAUCAAACCCAUACCUUAUUCUGGAAAUUAAGAUUUUUUAGAUACAGCUCAAGAUAUGCAUUCUCCAGUGAGGAGGAAUCUCAUCCAUGUUUCAAAGGCAGUGCUGUUGGCUAGCAGUGUAAGUCAUCUCCAGACUUCAUUGUAAUGGUUUUUCUGUUAGCACAGGGCUGCUGUGCUGCCCAUGAGCGUUUAAAAACUCCUCCCAGUCAGAGUUGGAAUAUGCAGUGUUACCACUUGCCAGUCUACCUCUGUCAUGUAUUGUACCAUACCUGUGCCCUUAAUUGCAUUUGCCUGAAUGUGUGCUCUGAAUGAGCAGCCUUAGACCGUGCAGCCCCUGGGAGUGGCAACAGUGUUGUAUUGAUUUGUGGCUGACUCUGUUCACUGCCUGUAAACAUCCUCACUUGUUUGGUGUCUGUCACUUACAGCCUGUGCUCAGUCUGCCGCUCAUCUCUGUGUGAGUCUGGCUGCUUUAGAGAGAGAUUCGAGUAGGAGGACUUCAAUUCAGACAGGUGUAGUCAAAUCUUUUGGGAGGGAUAUAGUGGAAAAUAUUGCUCUAUAAUUAGUUUUAAUUCUCUUUUAAUCCUGUUCUGUGCUGUCUUGCUUGGCUAAAGCUGAAUUGUAUGAUGUGAAAUGCAGUUGAUUCUUUUGGCCAAUCGUGGAUUUGCUUCUAACACCUUAUUUCAAGCAGCUGAAUGUCUUUUUCAUCAAACACUUCCGUGUGAAUCUCAGCAGCAGAAAAUCCUCCCAAUACUACCGGUAUUUCUCGCAGUCACUAUCACCUUGUUUAAUCUGCAUUCAAGAAUUUCAGUAAUGCCAUUUUUUAAAACCUGUUUCUCUCUGUGGAUAUAGUACAGCAUUUUAAUAGCAGGUGGUGAAACAAUUCAGUGCAGAGGACCUGUAACAGAGCAGCAAUGCUGUUUUAUUUAGUAGACAUCAGAAUUCAGGAACACACAUCCAUUUUGGGGGAAUGUGUGCCCUGUAAUUUGGAUUAACAUAUUCAGCUAAAACUUUCAGUUUACUUUAAACCCCAUCUGCACUUUAUAAGUAGGCAGUGGGAGGCUUUAACUGCAAAGUGCUGUUUGGCUGUGAGACUUUACCAUGAAGAGGGAUAAAUGAUGGAGUCUUUAUUACACAUGAGCAGAGCAAAGCCAGAAGGAGAUUAAGAAAUCUUACAUGAAUAGAGAAUAACAAAAGAUUAAACACAGAAUCCCGUAGUAUUACGUCAACCACCCUCCUGGUAUCUGCACUUUGGAUACUUGAAUGUUUUGCUAUUUAACUUUCCAUGUUGACUACUGCUCUCUUCACCACAGAAGUGAUGUAGUUUCUGUUACAUUCAGUUCAUUGUAGAUGACUUGGGGGCUGCUUUAUGAGGAUGGAAUAUGACACAGGUUUUGUACAUGAAUGAAUGCAUUUCUGACCUAUCUGGAAUGUCUUCUGCCAACUUUGUUUGAAAGUCUGUAACCUAAAGAUGGAGAACUUUCUAUGUAACCAUUAAAAUUGGGUUUGGGUUUCUUUGUUCAGUUUCUCACGCACAACUGCCUACAGCUGCUAAGUGCCUGAUCUCAUGGUUACAAGGCUUUUCUGAGAGCUGGGGCUGUUUUCUUCUGAGUCUUUAAGACAAAGUCUUUGGUCAGUGGGGGUCAAUAUUUUUAAAAAAUCCUUCUGCAGGAAUCCCAGUGCUAUUUUUAGUGGCUUUCCUGUUAGUUAUCCAAUACGUGUCUGCCUCUGACUCAAACUUGCCUGGCUACCCACCUUCCUGAUGCUGUUGCAUCUCUCCAGGCUCUGAAAGCUGGGUGACGGAUUUAGCUGUACAGGAGGUGUUCAUUUUGGGUUGUGUAGUUCAGUGACAGGCAGUGUGAGGGCGCAGCAGUCAAGCAAGCACUUUAUGUGGAGCUCCCUUAUUGGAGCUCCCAGCCAGAUGCUCUAAGCAGGACUGGGGACAGGGGGAUUUGUGUGUACAGGUUGAGAGGCAGGUUUAGUACCUGAACCUCUUACUUUACUGCCGAACUCUCCCAUUUUACUUCUUGAAAUUUUUUAGGUUUUAUUAAGUAUGUAAUUGUAGGUUUAAGAAGAACCAAGUUCAGAGUUCAUUGGAGAUCCUAAAACAGUGCCUGCAAUUUUGGGUUUUUUGCACGUGUAUCACGCAAAUUGGUAAGAGCAGAUUGUUAAGAUUUUUUAAAAGGCAAAGAUAAAGGGUCUUUUGCUUAUUUGUUCACAGGAAUAGCUAUAAGCACAAUCUUAGAUUCCUUCUUUUGUCCCCAAAGCUCUGGAACAUAUAUAUGUUUCUCCAAAGACUGUGCUGAAUAAAAUGGCUCAUAGCAAAUUCUGUACCAAAAUGUUUUCCACAUUAAAGAUGUGGAAGAACUUUGUUUGUGUAUCCUAUUGUUCCCUGGAUUUUGGAAGAGAGGAUUUCAAGCAGCAUAAGCAGUAUUUACUCCUUAGACUGAACAGAAACUAAUUUUUCUCUUGAUUUUCCAAAUUGAUGUUGACUAUGUCAUGUUGAUUGUUGGUCUCAGCAUAAUGCACGGAUGAUGUUACAGUCUGAUCAAACACCAUCUGUCCACCUGGAGUGGACAUGAAAUCUGUUCGUUACCUGACCAAACUUUCUAACGUUGACACUAUGAAUUCUAACAUGUGGAUUUCUCUUCCUGAAAUGCAGUACAUUGUUGCAGAUAGAUAAUAACACUGUGACAGAUGAGUAGCCGUUGACUUGUAGAACACAGCUACACUGAGAAAUGCUUAUUGACAAUUUGAUACACCGAACUGACUCUUCCUACCAAACCAGCUGGUAACCAACAUUAGGCUCAUAUGUAUCAGCAUAUCUUGUUUUCCAAAGCACAGUAGCUUUGAAAUAUUUAAUAUGUUUCAUUUGUUAUUCAUGCUGCAGUCAAGCACUAAUUUGUGUCUUUAUAGUACAAACUAUUAAAGAAUUUUGUUUUAAAUACAACA